AUGGAUAAUUUUGAAAGUGCUGAAGAAAAUUUAACUAUAGGAAACAAACGAGUGUACGAACUACGAAAAAGGAACUUCCAGAGAAAUUUGGUAAAUAAUUUGAGCUUUCUCGGGUAUGUUUUAAUAUCAUUGGAAUAUAUUAAGUAUGAUCGUACCAUCUGGACGCUUAUAGCAAGAGCAAUAGUGCAAUCUCUCAUAAGCUCCCCUUUUCCGAGUGAUGCUAAGUUACGUAGGCUAGCCACCGUUGGUGCAGAGAAUAAUACCACGGCUGUUGCAACACUUCCAGGAGGUAGAUCUAUCAGGUUUCCUGGAAUGUUUAGGACAGAAGCGCUUUAUAAUCCCUCUAAUGAAGCUGAACAACAAGACCAUGGUGAUGCCGCUAUUGUUUCUAUGAAAAAGCAAAUCCGGAAGUUCUUGUUCCAUGGCUGCUUAUCGUUGAAUAUGCUCUUCAUAAUUUUAACUAUAUUAUUCCCAAUCGAUUUUCUAGAACCAUUGAGCGGUAACGAGCCAGUAGAUGAUGGCCCUAAAAAUACUCCCUCACCUUUUUCCAAUUCAGAUGGUCUACUUUUGGGUGAGAGAAGAGGAGGGCUUUUCCUACAGAUGAUCGGAGAACGAUUGCCGAAGAGCAAUUUUUCAGGGAAUUUUGGGCUGGUAAUGUUUGAAUUUAGCAUACUUAUUGUACAGUUCACAUUAUUCUCACUGACGUGUGUUGUAUUGGCAGAUUUGGAUUUUGAAGAGCCAGAAAGACUGGACCCUUUAAAAAGUGAUGGCUACGAUGGUUCUGUAAUAGUUGCACGAAUACCGUUAAAUAAAACUUUGGAUGCCAUUUUAGAUGAUAGCAAUAUUGAUGAUAAUAAUGAGAAUUCUAGCAAUUCUGUUUAA